AUGGCAUUUUCUCUAUUUACUUUAUCAUCCAAAAUCAAUAUGUGUGUCCAUUGAGUUAACAUAAUCCCGCACAAAGCUUGGCGAUUUACAUCAUAAUUAAAGAAGAAGAAACUGCAGUCAUGGAUACUUUAAUCAGUGAAAAUGGCGUAUUUUUGCCCAUUCCACCAUUCCAAGCUGUUCGUCUUCAUUUCAUUCUUGGAACUAUACUGGUUUUAACUUCCAUGGUUGCUCACACUUUAUUUCCUAUCAAUCUCAUCACGCAUCCAACACAAACGCUUUUCAUCAUCUGGGGAAUUGUGGGUCCUGUGCUGAUGAUUCUUUUCGGUCAUCUUCGACAAGAUAUGGAGCAAUGCUCUUAUUUCCGAGCUGCAGGACGAGGGUAUGUGGGUCUUGUUGCAGGGGCCAUUGUUAAUGCACUGGGAGCUAUUAUCUUGGGAGCACCUGUUGGUUUCGAGUAUUUUACCAAGACCCUGAAUUGGUCUCUUCUGAUGUCAUCAUUCACUUUUGUCCCGGCAGCUUGCGCUUUUGGUUCAGCUUGGACUCAUUGGCACAGAGUAUUUGCUUCAACAAAGGCAUUUAGUUUUAUAGACUAUAUGAUCCGCAUACCAGCCUAUGGAGCUGUUAUUGGAGCAUGGUUUGGUGCUUGGCCUAUGCCACUUGAUUGGGAAAGGCCAUGGCAGGAAUGGCCUAUAUGUGUGAGUUAUGGAGCUAUGGCUGGCUACUUGAUGGGGCUGGUCGCAUCCUCUGUUUGCAUUAUCUUCCAUAAUCGUCGCCAGCAGCAUUUAAAAGGAGAGUAGUGUAGGAAUGCUUCUUUUAGUACUUGUUUAC